GUUGCGCGCCGACAGUCUUACCGGCACUUGCAAUUUAAAUUAUUGCAAGUAUUUUUAAAUAAAUAGUAUACAUUUAUAUGUAUAUAUAUUAUAUAGUUAUAAACAAAAUAACAUAAAUGAAAGAGGAUAAUUAGACAGUCGGUAAAUCGCGUGUGUGUGUGUGUGAUAAUUUAUAUUUUAAAAUCGGUCACUACCUCAAGUGCUAAAAUUUAAAUUUUAAAAAAUACGAAACAAGUAUUUAAAUUAUUUAGCUUUACUUUGGCAUUUAUGCUGGUACCCGCGUUAUUUAAAUGUUUAAUAACGAGCCUGUAAAUUAUAUUAAUUGUGAAGAAGGAAUAAUAUUUUUACCGGAGAUAAAACGAUUAAAUGAAACCGGUAAUGUCGUUUAAAGGAGAGAUUAUCCGUACGAUUAUUCGCGAGUGGAAAUCAUUUUGACAGAAUAAUAUAUUUAUUUAUUAUAUAUUUAUUUUAAAUUAUAAAUCUAAGUGCCGGUGAUAUAUUUAAAUAAUUCGUUUAAUUAUAAAUUUUAAAUAUUUAAUUAAACAAAACAAAGGAUCGAUUGUUUUUAGUCAUUAACUGAUAAAAGAAAAGGGAAAAAAAUUUAUAUUUAAAAAAUGAAAGUGUUAUUUAUUACAAUUGUGUGUCUGUACGCGGUCGGUGGUGUCGUAUCACGUUCUGCGAGAUCCACGAGACGACAUGGUGGUGGAGGUGCUGAAAUUCCAGAAAAUUGUCAAGCUGUUAAGCCUUUCUUCGAGAGUAAAAAUAUCUCUGUUGAUUUUACAGCAAUAACUAAAACGGACAUUGCUGAGACAACAUGCGGAGGAUCAUGCUGCAAUCGUAAAGCAGAGGAACAAUUACGACAACAAGCACGAGCUGAUUUUCACAGUCUUAUACACCAUCACAGUAGAAGUUUGCAAGGGUUACUUGCAACAACUGCGGAUGCACUGAGAGAUGCAGUAACAACUCUUGCACGUCAGUCGGAAAAUAAAACGCUGAUCCUGUUUGAACAAGUCUACAGAUCAAUGUCACUGCUCAGCAGACCAUCUAUUAAAGGAUUGUAUCAGGCAAUGGUGGACUACGUGUCACCCAGUAACACACCCGACACUCUGCAGCAACCGUUGAGUCGUGAUAUGCUUCAAGAACGAUUUACUGAAUUUUUCACCCGGUUAUUUCCAAUAGCCUAUCAUCACGCAGUUAAUCCGCACCAGCAGGACUUUACAGAUAAAUUCAAACAGUGUUUAUACGAGGCUAUGGAUGAAAUACAGCCCUUCGGUGAUAUACCUAAACAAAUAUCACGAUCUGUCAGCAAAAGUCUUGAAGCAACUCGUGUUCUAGUACAAGCAUUAACGCUCGGCAAAACGGUAUUGGAUCGUACAGACAGUGUCUUAUUUUAUACAACUAGUCCACAGCAAUCUUCAUGCUACGAAGCACUUUUGAGAAUGACUUAUUGUCCAAAGUGCUCUGGCUACGGGUCUUCUAUUCGUCCUUGUGGUGGUCUUUGCACCAAUGUCAUGAGAGGCUGUUUGACUGAACCGGCUUCAGAAUUAGAUCUGGCAUGGUCUGGUUACGUCGAGACCGUUGAACGUCUAGUUAUAGCCGUUGACGGGCGAACUGAUCCCCUUGGAUUGAAUGCUGAGAGGGCGAUCAGGCAGUUGGAUACCCGAAUUUCAGAUGCCAUUAUGUACGCCAUGGAAAACGGUCCUGCACUCGAAGAGAAGGUGCGGAAUGUGUGCGGUCGAUCAGAAUUGCAAUUGGGUAAAUCUUCAGAAUCAUCUUAUGGCUCUGGUUCGUUUCCUGGUCGAUCGGGAUCCUCGUCACCGUCGUCCUCGUCAUCCUCACCGCCUAGUCUUGAAGAAAGACUUGCGGCAGUAGUUCAUCCUGGGAAUACGCAAGCGCAUCGGCCAGUGCCCACGCAACUACACGUGCAACUUGGCAACUUUUUGGCAAGCGUUGUGAGGUCGCGUACCUUCUACGGUACACUUGCUGACAAUAUAUGUGAGGAAUAUCCGGACAGGCAUUGCUGGAAUGGCGAAAGAGUUGGAGAAUACACUAAAACAGUUGUAGACUCGAGUUUAACAGCCCAAAGAUAUAAUCCUGAAUUUACGGUAAUAAGUGGCAGCACAACGGGACUUGUGUCAACUUAUGGUAAUUCCAAUACCAGUGUCCUGAUUGAUCAAUUGAGACAUAUUAAUCAGGUGGUCCAAUCGCAGUUGGCAUCGGCACCUGACAGUGGAGUUUUGCUUGCUGAUGAAGCGCUCGACGGUUCAGGAAGUGGCGCUCGGCCUGAAUGGAAAACGAAAAUCGAUGACGGAGGUAUGGGUGACGAGGAUGAUAGCGAGAACGAUGACGAAGAAGCCUCUGGCUCGGGAAUGGGACCCACUACAACAUACCCACCGGGUACGAAUAAUGGGAAGAAAUUCGACGUCGUAGUGUCCAGCAGUUUGCCAGUAAUCAGGGUCGAUUUUAUAGUACUGCUUCUCAGCAGUCUCGCUGUCUGCGGUGCCUAGAGGGUUAUUGACAAUCCUCACAGUACGGUAGCGUAAAAAAAAGUUAAAAAACUGGAAUGAUGGAUGAAUAUAAAUGUGUGCGAAUGAAUAGAGUGAGAGUGUCAGAGAAAAAAAAGGCUUGAGAAGUAAAUGGAGGAAUUGGAAAUGUUUUUUUCUUUCAAUUUUUUUUUAUUGCAUUACAACUGAGUGAAUAAAAAAUAAGGUUUUAAAGAGAGAAAACGAGCUCAAGUUGAGAAAUAAACGAUGAAAGUAAUCGUUUACUGCCCAUCACAUUAUGCGCAUAUAAGAUUCUUUGGUUCAAGUCUCUCAUUUUCCACCUUACUCACCUUAUAUUAUUAUAUACCACAUCCAUAUACAUAUAUAAUGAUACUAAUAAUAAUAAUAAUAAAAAUACUACAUAAUACUUAUAUAUAAAUAUACAUAUACGUACACGCAAACUAUAAUUCAGCGUAACUCUCAGACUACUAUACUGUAACCCAGCAUUCGUCGUGUGAUAUAACGUAUGGCAUAUCUCAAAUUUAACUGCCAAAAUGCCAAUCGCGUGUCCAACUCUUUUCUUUUACUUAUAAUAUUUUAAAAUAAAUUUUUUUUAUUAAACAUGACCUUGCUGUGUUCGUCAUAUUAGUCGCGCUGCGGGACGCGUGAAAGCAUUAGCAGCUGCAAGACGAAAAAGGCCGGCGUCGUUACGUUCAAUCCUUUUUUUUACUCUCGUUUUUAUCCUUUACCGCAAGUAAUAUAAACUAGUAAUUAAUAACUUUAUAAAAAGUCACAACGUAUGUCAUUAUAUACGUAUUUUAUCAUUACUUUCAAUUAUUAUGGAUAAAAAUAUAAGACACAAGUGUUGAGCUCUCGGCUAUUUUUGUACACUUGUUAUUAUUACAUCAAUUAUUAUCAAUUUUGUAAUUUACCGCUAAUGUACACAAUGUGAGCGAGUAAAUUUGAACAUGUUACGCAAAAAUUAAAAUUAAAUUAAUGCUUGUAGGGGAAAUUGAGUGCGGCGUGCCGGCGCGUCGGCCUACGGCGUUUGCCUUUUCCGUUGUUUUUAUUGUUAAAAAAAAUUAUUUAUCAAUUUUAUUAUUUUAAAAUGAAAACCGUGCCUUUUAAAAAUUUACACCGGUGUGCCGCGCGUCAUAAGCUUCUUUAGGAUCACAUAAAAAUAUAAAGUUGUACAGAAAAUUCUGUGCGGAAUAUAUAUGCAAUAUAUAUGUGUAUAUUAAAUAUAAAUGUGGGUGUAUAUUGUGUGUAUGCGAAUUACAUUAAACAAAUGCGUCAACGAACUCUGUAAAGUCUGUCAUAUUUAAUUUUUAUUAUAUAAAAUAAAACCGUAUGAAAAAGAAGUUUCGGAAUGUAGGCAGAUUAAAUCCGGAGCUAAUGCGGAUUUAAAUAAAAUUCGGGUAACUCCGAAAUCACUCCGCUGGAAAAAUAACCUCGCGGUGAUUUUUUUUGACUCCGGGCUUCCGAGUGACGAAGUUAAUUUGAAUUUAAAUAAAAUCGGUAAUCACUAGUGGUGUACACAUUUUGUUCCAAUCGAAUAUAACCAAUGAAUUUCGAAUCGGAUAAUUCGUAACUUUUCAAAUUAUUCGUAAAUUUUCGAAUUAUCCGAAAGUUUUUGAAAUAUUUGUAACUAAGCUCUCCAUUAAAUAAAAAUUAAAUAUUUGAAAGCUGAUCAGAUUUGAAUCGAGUAAUUUAUAAAGUAAGAAAAAAUAAUUUUUUCGUAGGUUCGUGUCUGUGCUCUAUUUACAUCAGACAAAAAUUUGAAUUAUCAGAAACAAUAUUGCAAUUCUAAGUCAUUCAAAAGAAAAUUUUGGAAUUAUUCAUGGGUGUGAAUGUAUCUGACAAGUGGGAAUUUUUAAAAUUUUUGAAUAAAUAAUUCAAAUGUCAGUAGAAUAAAAAUUAAAAAAUUCGUAUUUAGAUCGAUGAAAAAUCAGCGCGCGCUUUUUUAAAUUCCAACUCAUUUAUUUAAAAUUCAUAAAAUGUCUCGUCUGCUACAUUCAUCCCCAUAAUCAUUCGUAAAUUUUCUAAUAAUUUGGAAAGUUUUGAAUUAUUCAAUUCGAUUCGAUUCGUAAGUGCGAACUAUUCGCGCACCCAGUAAUCCUCCAAAUUAACUCUCGAUUUUAUAAAGUGUGCGUAGAAAUUUACCAGCCGUUAUAAACUUUCGCUAUUAGACAUAAAAUCUACUAGUAGAAAUUACGUUAAAAGAAAUAAAAACAUAUAUUUAAACUAAAAACAAUAUUGGCCAUAAAAAAUUUUCGUUAGCCCGUUGAAAAUUAAAAAAACGAAUAACAAGAAUAUUUAUUAGUAGCAAUAAUAAUAAUAGUAUACCGUAGAUUGAAAUAGUUGAAUUGUAAUUGUUAAAAUUAAUGUUGAAUGGAAAAAAUAAAGAGUGACAGAGUGGACAUUUAGUUAAGAGAGUAAGUGUGUAACUAUAUGUGUGUUAGGAUCAUGCGUGAUCACUCAACGGAUGCUGGCCGCGGUGCGAACACGAUGAUAAUGAUGAAGAAGACGGAUAACAAAAUAAAAAAAUUUUUUUUAAAGAUGAACAAGUAUAAGAAGACGAAGAAAGAGUCAGCAUAACGUGGGACGACUUGCUUGGGCUUUUGUCGUCUGCCGAAAUUUAAGGUCCUCGACCUUUCCACUCUCUUCUCUUGUCCUUCUCUGAGCUCAAUUCUCAUCUCGUUCUCACGAGAGCAAGAGUCUUGACGUGAUUGUAAUGAGAAUAAUUCUCAAUUGAAUGACUGACUGUAUGUUGUGAUGUCGUUAUUAAAGAAAUUGCUGAAAGAGCUUGUAAAUAGAGAGGAUGUGUGCCGUAUUUAUAUAUAAAUAUUUUAUUGUAUUAAACACUAUCGAUUUAUUAAUUAAUUAUUCAUUGAUUUAUUCAAUAUAUAUUAUUAUUAUUAUAAAUAUAUAAAUAUAUUAGUUAUUGUAAAAGGUUUUUAACGAUAAAUUUGACAACAAAAUCAACAGCUAGCUCGCGUAAUUGAUUUUGAUCAUCGAGUUUAAGAAAGUUAAAUAAUAAUAAUAAUAAAAAGGGCAAUAUGGUUUAUUAUUGUGGUGGCUCGUCCACGCGCGGCCUCGUUAAAGUCUCCCAGUGCUUCUCUCGUCGACAUCAACAACAACUGUCUUUUUAAAUUUAACUAAAUACGCACAUUUAUUACUGAUGACUGAAUAUUAUACAUGAUUUCAUUUUUUACAAUUUAAUAUUUUAUACUUGCAUUUAUUUUAUUUUUUUAAAUUUAAAUACUAAGACAGUUGUGUUGAUUGUGAUGCUGAAAGUAUCUGUCAUUAAAAAUAUUUAUUUUUAUUUCAACGAACAAAAUAAAUACUGACAGGAAAAUUUUUAAAAAUGCGUGGGAAAAAUUUCAAAAAUUUAAAUCUGGAUUUUUAAAAAAUUGACGUCAAUUUACAUGUUUGAUAAUUAAAAAAAUGGAACUGUCAGAUGUCGGUUACUUUCAGCAUCAUGGCUAAUUUGACAUGUGUAUAGAUUUAAAAAAAAAAAGGCCAUUUAUAGUCAACGGCAAUAAAAUUGUCUUGCAUCGAAAUUAUACUCAAUUUUUUUUUUUUUUAAAUAUUUAGUGAUCUCUAUAUCUGAGCAUCAGUAAUUUAAAUAAAUAAACAAAAAAAAAACGUACUAACAAAUGCGCUUGACAUUCUAUAUAAAGUAUAGACUAAUAUUGUAAUACGCUCAGCAAUUUAUUUCGUUUAUUAAUAAUAAUUAUACUUAAAAUAAUUUAAUUAAUUAAUUAUUGGUUCAUUAAUCAAACAUCAUUUUAAUUCAAUUUUAUUGUCUUUAUUAAAUAUUAUUAUCUUCCUGUAGAUAUUAAUUAGGCCACGUAGCGUUUGCGUAGAUAGAAUUUCGAGGCCUACUACUACGUUUGGCGGACGUCUGUGAUUAUUAACGAAAAGUAAUAAAAAAAAAUAAAAAUAAUAUUAAUAAAUAACUAGUGAUAGUUAACGAUUUAAAAAAUAAACCGACGCAAGUGUCAUAAUAUUAUUAUUUUUUAAAAAAUGUAAUAAUAAUUGCGUAAUGUCUUUGUUUUGUUUGUUGUUUUAAGAACAAACGGACAAUGCCCCCUCCCCCCACAUUUUGUAAAAAUUUUCAAUGACUCAAAUGAUUGGUCUAUCGAUACUCAAAUUUUAUUAAUUAAUUAAAAAAAAUUAAGCAUUUAUUGAAAAAAAGGACAAAAUUGUGAUUUUGGUGAAGUAUAAAAUUUAAAAAAAAUUACUUAGUUAUCAAUUAGGAGAUAAACGAAAUUUCAAUUAAAUUUUUGUGUCAAAUUAUAAUUUGAAUUUUAAAAUUUUGUAGGCUCAAAUUUACCAAAUUUCGUUUGACUGCUAAUUGAUGACAACUGCAAGUAAUUUUUUUUUAAAUCUGUAUCUAGUUGGCGUAUUUUCAAUUUAUGUUUCGGUUUUUUUUUAAUUAAUUAAUUAAUUGAUAUUAAAUAUCGUCACAGUUCUACAGCUGCCCCAUUUCAAAACACAGUAAGGAACAAAUUUAAAAAAAUGGAUUUUUUAGUAUUUUUAGUUCCAGUAGAGUUGUGAACAGGAUUCAAUACAUAUUUCAAAAAAUUUAUUUCUGCCUGUUACUGUUUUGAAAUUGAGCAGCCGUCUAGUUCAUUGAAUAUUUAAAAAAAUGCCAGGCACUGUCUAAGAAUAUCUUUAAAAACAUUCUCCCCACUUUAUAAAAAUAUUCAAUGACUUUCAACUGACUGUCCUAUCGAUAUUAAAAUUUUAUUAAUAACUUAAAAAAUAAUUGAAGCGUCAAUUUAAAAAAGGACAAUGUCGUUACCAUUUCGCCGAUAUAAAUUUAAAAAAAAUUACUUACAAUUGACAUCAAUUGGGAGUUGAACGAAAUUCCUUAAAUAAAUUCCUGAAAAUCUUCAUGUUCAUUUUAUAAUUAAAAUUUUCAAAUUUUGUAUUCACAAAUUUAUUUACCAAAUUUCGUUUUACUCCUAAUUAAUAACAAAGUAAAUUUUUUUUAAUCUAUAUCCGGUUGACGUAUUAACGCUUCAAUUAUUUUUCAAUUAAUUAAGAGAGUGAAACAGGAGAUUUUCAAAUGAACCGUUUUUAUAGAUAAAGGCCCAAAUAAUUAAAUCAAAUAUUUCAUUCGAUGCGUAAAGAUAUUAUUUAUCGAAUGAAAUGCUUCCGGUUCGGAAAUUUCAGUUUAUAUCUGAGAACUGCUCAUUUGAAAUUUCCAUUUGCUAAUGUAAGUGCAACCAGGACCGUUGCGUUUGUUCACAUGUGUGUGAGAAAGAGAAUAGAUGGGAAACCCUCUUGAUUAAAUUUGAAUACGGGUAUGACAUUUGAGUCAUGGAAUAUUUUUGAAAAGUAAGGGGGGGGGGGUCAUUGUCUAAGAAAACCCUUAAGUAAAACUGGUGUAAUAAUAAAAUAUAAUUAGUCGAAAUCAAAAUAUGAAGAAAGAAAUGAAUUUAAAAGAAAAGUAUAAAUAAUAUUUGUUUGUAAACAGCAAGUGGUUUAUUUUAAGUCAAUUUCUUGUCAUAAGAAUCGUGUAAGCUUUAUCCAAUUUAGUUUAGUAUCAAGAAACGUUCACAAGCAAUUGCUUCUAUCACGAAACUCAAUUGAUUGAGUCACGAAUGAAUCGGGCAAUUUCAUUUGUAAAAGGAUAUUUUUCACUCUUUUUCACCCUACAAAUUCUAACACAAUCACCCGACUCUGCCUUAUAACUCUCUUGUCUUCUCUAUACAUGUAUUGAUAUUUAUUUUAACUUUACUUCAACUACUUUUCUUCUUUUUUUUUUUUUAAUUCCAUUUUAUUUCUUUCUUCCUCUAUUUUCACCUCGACAAAUUAUCAGCAAAAGGGCGACAUAAAAGUUUACCGCUCGAUUUUACACCAGGCGCCAAUGCCUUUUUUUUUUAUUACUUGUCGCGACGACAUUCGUUGUAAAAUCUAAUAGACAAACCUUAAAAAAAAAGAUGGCAUAUAUGAAUAUAUAAAUGUUAUAAAUUGUGCGCAAAUUGAAAUGUAAAACUAAACGAAAUAACGUAAUUGAUUAAUUAUUAUUAUUAUUAUAAAUUGUGAAAAUAAUUGUAUAGGCAAUUGUAAACAUAAAAUAUAAAUAUAAAUCUAUAAAUAUAUAUAUAUAUAAAUAUAAAUAUAAAUAUUAUACUAUAAUAAAUGUUAUGAAUUAUCAAAAAAUGAAUUAAUGAAAAUUAUUAUAAUUCUGUCAGUUGAGAUAAUUCACACGAAUGAUGUAAAAUAUAU